GACAGGCGUCUGGUAGCGAGAUGCAACUGCCUUUGGGAGCUGCCAAAGAGGGGAACUUGAGUUUAAUAGAUGGUUGCUGUGCCUCUUCUUUUCUGAUCCUCCCUCUGAUCUUUUUUUUUUGGCUUGAUUUAAAGAGGUGCGAAGUGUGGCACAGUAGGAGAGUUACAUUGCGGGGAGCUGUCAGCAAAGAAACACCACACCACAGCCCGUGAUAUCUUCACCUCACCUUAAGUUCUCACCAUUCGACAACACUUUAUACGAAACAAACCAGGAAGGAAUACAAACCCAUCAAAAUGGCCACCUCAACAUUGGGUCUCAUACCAAACUGGUACCCCCCCACCCGCGAAAACUACGACCUCAUCCUCUCCUUGUGGAAGUGGUUCCCUGCCUUCGCCUCCCUCCAAUGGGCAACAACCUGGUACGGCAUGGGCAAAACCUCCCUCCCCUCCCCGCUCAACCUGCCCGGCCGUCUAGCCUGGCUAACAAUGGAAUCCCCCGGCUUCCUCACCCUCCUCUACACCUUCUUUCGUCUCCCCCCGCAGCUUUCCGUCACCGACCUCCCCUGGCAAAACUCCGUCCUCGCCGGCCUCUUCGUAAUCCACUACUCCUACCGCGCCAUCCUCUUCCCCUUCCUCCAACCAUCCAUGGCACCAAUGCACCUCUCCAUCUGGGCCUCGGCCUUCUCCUUCCAAGUCAUCAACGGGCUCAUGCUCGGGUCCUGGCUAGGCGGGUACGGACCAACCUCCCAAGAAGAAUGGGAUAACCUCUUGCCGUUUGGAACACUGCAGUUCAGCGUUGGCAUCGCGAUUUUUUACGUGGGGCUGGCGGCGAAUUACUAUCAUGAUGAUGAGCUGAGGGAGAUAAGGAGGAGGGAGAACCAUCGCCAGGAUAGGCUGGUUAAAGAAGGCAGGGUGAAGAGGGGGGAUGUGAGCAGGCAUUAUGAGGUUCCCAAGGCGGGCUUGUUCAAGUACAUGUUGUAUCCGCAUUACUUUGUCGAGUGGGUCGAGUGGUUUGGGUAUUGGACUGCGGCGGGGUACGGGUGUGUGCCGGCGAGGUGCUUCUUGUUCAAUGAGGUUGCGUCAAUGUUGCCCAGAGCGGUGAGGGGGAAGGCCUGGUAUGUUGAGAAAUUCGGGGAGGAGAAGGUGGGGAAGAAGUGGGCGGUUAUUCCGGGGUUCUGGUAGGAUCAGGAAGGGAAAGGGGGAGAGGAGGUAAGAUGGGCGUGAGGGAGGGGGUAGUGGCCAGAGAAAGGAGGAUAAUGGUUUGGUCGACGAGCUGGAGUUGAGCUUGGUCCAGAGAAUAAGCACAUGAUGACUUUCACGAGAUAUGCCAUGACAUAUAUCGCCAGGUCAGUGACAACGACGACGUGAAUAACCAUAUCUUGUCAUCUAUCAGAGUGCCUCUCCGACCAUCAAGCAAAUAUAUCCUGCUAGCAAUGCUCCAAAACACCCCUUUUUAGACUCCUUUAGAUACCCGUAGCCUCCCGAUAGAAACUCAAACUCCGACUAGCACCCGCCGCGCAAAACCUCUCUCCUUUACCCAUCCCAGGCCCAAGCGCACGUUCGGUCGGUGGCAACCAGCGUACACACCACAAAGCCUUGUCCGUCUCGCUGUGCGUAGCCACACAAGCCCCCCUUGCGACAUCCCAGACCUUGACCUUGCCAUCCAGCUGCCCACUGAGGAGGUAGUCUCCCGUAUCGUUCCAGUCGAGUGAUGUGAUCCACGACGGCCUGUUGCCCGGCGCGCUCAAGUUCGCGACGUGCUCUCCAUGCUCCAUGUCAUAGAGAGCGAUGAUACCGGCGUUGCCGGCAGCAGCCAGCCUCUUGCAGCCGGGUGAGAAGGCUACGGUUCGUACCGGUUUGGCGAGACCUAUCCCUCUGUCAGCUUUUGUCCCUCAAAACAAAGUGAAAGAUGAACCCACCAGAAAGCGAAUAAACCAUCCUCCCCGCAUCAUUAUUAAAGACAUACACCCCCCCAUUCUCAUGCCCCGACGCCGUCAGCCUCCCAUCCCUACUCAAAUCCACCGCCAUCGCAAAACUGCCCCCUCCCCCGGCAGCUCCUCUCCCACCCCCGGUCUCGUACGUCUGUAUCUUCUCCUUCGCUGUCAAGUCCCAGACGUGGAUUCUCCCAUCACUAGUGGUGCACGCCAAAAAGUUCUCGUCAGCGCUCAGCGCAAUCGCCCAGACGUCCCCCUUGCCGUUGUCGGAAACGGUUGGAAUCUCCCAUUGGAGUUCGUAUUCUUUUCUAUCGGGGUUCAACCGCCAGAUCUUGACAUCGCCGCCGAAGCCGACCGAGGCAAAGAUGUUGCCUGUUUGGGGGCCGCGGGCGGUGGUGAGGUGGUGGCAGCCGAGUUUGUGGGCGUUGGGGAUGGUUUGGGCGAGGGGGUAGGUUGGGGCGGUGGUGUCGUGGAUGCGGAGGGAGGAGGAGCCUGAGGAGGAGAUGAGGCUUGAGGGGGUGGGUGCGAGGGAGAAGAUGUCGGCCGGGUGGGCUGUGAGGGGAACUGGUGUUAGCUAUCAAGGAAGAUGGCGGGGCGAAUUGCGAUUGCUCGCCUACCUUGGUCGACCGUGUGGGCGGUAAGAUAUUGUUUAGACUGGAGAGUAUGUUAGUACGUGAUUGACAAACAAGCACGACACGAGAGACAUACCAUUGUCACCUAUCCAUGAAAUCAUGCGAUUUUGAGAAAGGGUUUUGUUGGAGAGAUCAAGAAUGGGAUCCGAUGCGACUUGCUGGCGGUUGAGCAGCUGCCCUGGGAAGGUUUAUGGUGGGGUAGCUGUUCUUGGAGACGUCACUGCGGCAGGCAGUGAGUGGGCUGGAAGAAUGCAGCAUAUAAAUCUAGAAAUCCACAUUGGACUACUACUAGUGAUUUUUGGAGUAUUCACUUUGAAUGUGCUAUUUUGGUUUUUUUCAUUUUCCAGGGCAGUUGUCGAUAGCCACCCUUAUAGGCACAAGAGCCCCUUUAGAAUACACGUGCGUGCUGUUGCUCGUCACAGCACUACACUCUGUUAAGUACAGACAUAUACAUGUGCGUCCAGGACAUUCUUUCCACGUCCUGUCCACAAGCUUGAAGA